UGAGGAAUGUCCGUGGAGUUUCAUUGGACUGUAAACAUUUUUUCUUUGUUUUUAUAUGUUAAUAAGACGACAGCUAAACGGAUAUGCAAAAUGCUGUGGACCUUUAAAUGUUUUUUCUCUUUGAGGAAAAGCGUCUGUUUGAAACUCAGUAAAUAACCGAUUGAACUUGUUUUUUUUUACUUAUUUUGUUUUACCUUGGCUUCUGCUCCUUCGUCUCUAUUCGACUGGCAGUCUUUAAAGGGCAGAGGAGAUGAGGAGCUGCACACAAAACAAGAGGAAAAAUACGAUCUGUUUUAACUGCGUGUAGUUUUCUAGUCAGUUCCUCUAGCCAGGUUAUUGUGAUGAUGAUGAUGACUGGUCACAAAUUCAUUUUUUCCAAGUUAAAGUUGUGGACUUCAGGGAGAAGUACAUGGACUUGUCACCUGAAACUUGGUGUAAUCGGGCGUGGAGCAUCGUCGUCUCCUUCCCCCUCUAAGAUUUGCGUCAUAGGGAGUGGCCCGGCAGGGUUCUACACAGCUCAACAUUUGCUGAAGGCUCGUCAGGACAUUGUGGUUGACAUUUACGAGCGUCUGCCUGUUCCUUUUGGUCUGGUCAGGUUUGGAGUGGCUCCUGAUCAUCCUGAAGUCAAGAAUGUAAUCAACACGUUUACUCAGACGGCCAAUCAUCCCCGCUGCCACUUCUAUGGUAAUGUGAAUGUAGGGAAGGAUGUGAGUGUUUCAGAGCUGCAGCAGGCCUACCAUGGAGUGGUACUGAGCUACGGAGCUGAGGCGAACAGGAGUAUGGGUGUACAAGGAGAAGACUUGGCUGGUGUGUACUCUGCCAAGGAUUUUGUGGGAUGGUACAACGGGCUUCCAAGCUGUCGAGAGUUGACUCCUGACCUCAGCUGCGACACUGCUGUCAUUCUGGGACAAGGUAACGUUGCCCUGGACGUGGCUCGUGUUCUGUUAGCACCGCUGAGCAUUCUAAAGAAAACUGACAUCACCCAGCCUGCUGUGGAGGCCCUGGUCCACAGCCAGGUCCGCAGAGUUCUGAUUAUUGGUAGGCGUGGACCAACACAGAUCGCUUGCACAAUCAAGGAGCUCAGAGAGAUGGUGAAUCUACCAGGGACCAGGCCUGAGAUGAAAGCAGCUGAUUUCGCAGAAGUGUCUGAGGCUCUUAAAGAUGUCCCGAGGCCCAGGAAGCGUCUGACGGAGCUGCUGUUGAAAACGGCUUUGGAAGUUCCUGGUGAGAAGGAGCAAGAGAGACGGAACAAAGCGACCAGGACGUGGGGUUUCCGAUUUUACCGCAGUCCCAUCGAGGUCUUCGCAGAUGCGGAGGGCAAGAAAAUAUCUGGAAUCCGACUGGCAGUAAACAAACUGGAGGGUUCAGGUGAAGGAGCUCAGGCAGUUCUGACUGGGGAGGUGGAGGAGGUGAGCUGUGGUCUGGUCAUCAGCAGUAUUGGCUACAAAAGCCUCCCCAUAGACCCUUCUGUGCCCUUUGACCCCUGCAAAGCCAUUGUUCCUAACACUUUGGGCCGCGUUCAACAAGCUAAAGGUCUAUAUUGUAGCGGCUGGUUGAAAACUGGCCCCACAGGAGUGAUAGCCACCACCAUGAACAACAGUUUCGACACAGCACGGUCGGUGGUGGAGGAUUUAAAUUCAGGGACGCUGGAUGUUUCUACUGAAAAGCCUGGUUCACAGAGCAUCUGUGCCCUGCUGGAACAGAGAAGAGUAAAACCAGUGUCUUUCUCCGACUGGGAGAAGAUUAACACUGAGGAGACGAGAAGAGGUGAAGCUGUGGGAAAACCCAGGGAGAAACUACUGAGCGUGGAGGAAAUGCUAAGAGUGGCUCGAGCCUGAUUUAUGGGACUGAGAUAAAUUAUUAACACAACAUUCCUUCUCUAGACGUGUUGGUACUGUAGCACAGACUGAACUGAAUUUGUGUCUCUGUGUUUUAGGGAGAGAUUCUGUUACUGCUUCGGCAAAUAAUCUGACCAUCUCCAAAUCUCCCUUAAUUUCCCAAAGGGAUUAAUAAAGUGCUAUCUAUCUAAAUGAUACAAGGUGCUGGGAAACCGUGAAAAUUGGCCUUUGUACUGUUUGUAAAGUGUAUGAUCAUGGUCCUGGAAAAGUGCUAAUUAAAUGUCUACAGUCUUUAAAGUGUGCAGAAAUUCAAACAAAUGCAAAAGCAGAUGCAGAUUUUGCAAGAAUGAACUCUCCUAUAGGAUACGACCGAUCCGUUAUUGAUGGGUUGAAAAACCACAGAACCAAACAAGUUAGAUUUUGUUUUGCUCAUCCACAAUCUUCCCACUAAAUCUUCAAACUCUGCACUGAUAUUUCUGCCAAAGUGGACCACUGACAUCUUACAUCAAAGAGAAUCAUUGAACCCAAUAAGAAUCUUAAGUAAUUUGUGUUUCAGUUCCAAAUAUUCCAUCUACAAUGCAUUUCCCUCUCAUUAGCUUAAAAAAUGUAUGAAAAAAAUACUGUAUUUUUGCUUCCUAUUGCACUGAAAUCAAACAUGCAUCUCUCUGAAUGUUAACCAAUCAGGAACUACCUUGACAUAGGCUGAAUUAUGUCAGUGUUUAUCAUUACUUCUUAUAGCAUCACUUAUUUUAUUUCAUUAAAAAUGAUUUACAGUGUGUAUCUAGAUAUGUUCUGAUAAUUAUGG